UGCGAAACGGUCGCAUGCACCGAAGGGACGCGCCGACGGGGCCGCAGCGCUUCGUCUCGUUGCGCGGCGGGAACCAACGCGUGAUUUUACUGCCGCGCCGGUCCUCGUCUCGAGCAAGUAUCGCCAAGUCCGAGCCACUGGCCCCCGACUCGCCCCCCGCGACGCCGCUCAAGCCACGCUCGACGUCGUACGUUCGGGAGGACCUCGUGCGCACACACUUGAGUCGGCCUAAAAUAUCGCUCAAGCAACUGCAGCAGUUCCUAUUGUGGCUCAACUUGCUCUCGCUCUGGCCGCACAAACUCCAUGUCGAGUCGUACCACGACGAGCUGCGCAACGGCGUCUUCCUAAGCCACCUCCUGCACCACUACGUCCCUGACUUCUCCAUUGGGAGAAUCAACCAACGCGCGCAGUCGCAGCGAACGACCGAGUCGAACGUCGAGCUGCUCUUGCAGUGCCUCAGCCGGUUCAAUUUAAACGUGCGCAAUGUCCCGAGCGCGGCGCAGCUCUGGAGCGGCGACCGCCCAAUUACGGCGGCUUUUCUACACGAGAUCUUUCACAAGGUCGUGCUGCGGUCGCUGUCACACAAGGUCGUCUGGACAUGGUGCCAAGACAUUUUAAGCUUGUAUCACCAAGCCAGCCCCCACGAGGUGUGGAGCGACAGCCUGCUGUCCGAUAUCAGCAACAACAACAGUAGCAGCACCAGCGGUCUCUUCGACUACUUUCGGUCGGGCUUCCGUCUGUGGUGUGUGCUCCAUUAUUACGGCGCACGGCGCCGCCACGACGACCGCGAGGAUAUCUUCCAAGCCAGCACAAUGUUCAUGACGCCAACGACACCAACCCAACACCUCGCAAAUGCCCAGCGUGUCUGCGGCAUUCUGGCAGCGAUGCAGAUACCGCUGGUCUGGGAACCCGACUGGUUUGUGUCGCACAAGAGCAACGGCUUCAUGCAGCUACAGCUGCACUACAUCUACCAAGCCCUCCAUCAUUCGGCGCCAGCGCUGACGAACGACAUGACGGAACCCGUGUACCUUGACGUGAGCGCGAAUGGCCGUGUGGGUGUGCACGGGCUCCUCUUUGCCGACGGCGAGUGCAAGGAGCCCGAAAACACAUGGCGAGCCUCGGCUGCUGGCAGCGACGACGAGGGGUCGAUCGACGACCCGCUCUGCCUCGAGGAGACCUUGGUACAGGAAGAGUCGCCGAGCAUAUUCGAGCAGCAGUGGAGCGGCAACCAGCGCACGGAGAUUACGUGGCCGCCAGAGCCGUCCACGCCGGCGCUCGACGAGUACGCGCAAAUGAAGGAGCGCAUUUCGCUCGAGGAGCUCUCUCGCAUGGAGGUGGAAGAAGCCUACGGCGUGGUGCGCUAAGACGACGGAGGCGCGAAACACAGUUAUUUGCUUACACAGUAUUACUAAAGCUUCUAUACCGUGCG